AAACGUUGUAAAGAAAGUGACAUCUGUUCUUCCUCGCCAGCCAAUCACUGUGCUUUCCUUUGAAUCAAUUUCCAUAAUAGGACACAUUGACAAAAACCGACAGUGGGGUUUGUUUUUUGCAGAUAUGCAACACGAAACAUGGACAACUUGGGGGGAUAUGGCUUCGUCUUAUUGAUUUUCCUGCUUGUUAUGUCUCCACAAGGUAAGUUAAGGCAACGGAAAUGGCUCUCAGUAAAACAUUAAACUUUGAAGAUGACCUUAGAAGUUAGAUUUUGUUUUUAGCUUCUUUAAAGAUUAAAAGCUUCUAUGGUUCUGCUUCGCUGAUCAGUCAGCAACGUGAACUAAAAUAGGAACUGAUCUUCGUCGCGGCUAAUCGUCGAUUUUACAUUGACUUGAGUGAAGCAUGAAGCUCUUUACUAUUUCAGUGCUUUGUGCUUCUGAUAGAAAUGUGAAUUGUUUACUUGAGAGGUGAGUUUGUCUAGGCAAACAUGCAGAUCGUUAUUAAGUCAACGAGUCUUGCAUUUCACUCACCUUUGGGUCUGUUCCAGAAAGGUAUUGACAGUGGUUGCGUGCAUGCAAAUUUCAGUAGUGGGAAAUUCAAGCUUUUGCUCAGAGAGGGCUCGCCUGACGCUUCCACUUUGACGCAACCGAAGAAUCUUGUAAUGUUCCCAAUUAUACGAGUCGAAACAACGCGCAUUGAUUACUGUUUUUGGUUUUUACGAGGCCUUGUUGUUAACAUCAAAUCAUCCGUCUUCCACUAUUUUGUGUCAAUCUUUUGCGAUAGGGUUCGAAUCGUAUUCUAAAAUUUUGGUUUCCGAAUUUUUUUCAUUAGUGAACUAUGAUUUCAGCUUCGAUUUUGAUAUCGCGCAUUUGUAAAUCUUAGUAUAAUCCAGUUAAGGCAAAAAAAGAAAAAAAAAUGUCACAAUGUUGUGUUGACAAUACUUGUUCUUUUCUCGUUUAUUUUUAUCAAGUGCUUUGUCGGGUCAAGUUUCUCUAAACUACUAGUGCCAAAAAGGUACGCUGAACUCAAAAUCCUCCUCUUAGGCUUCCUUGAUUAAAAGGAUUAUUUCAGGCAAAUAUGCUCUGCCUUCACUAAUUCAAAGAUAACAUUUACUUGUGGUAAAACUUGUUCGUGUCGUGGUAAUUUGCCUUUCGCUCGGCAAUAUUGCCUGGGGUCAUCUCCUAUUUCAAGUAUUUCGCCAAGCUUCUGGUUUUGUUAUCAUGAGCAGCAAUUUACAUCAGAUUAAUACUCUCCUUCAUCAUUAAAUGAGAUACGUUCGUAGAAAAUUGACACUUGAAAACAGCUAAAUGAGGUCAGAUUCUCGAUAUUCGGUUUUGUAUCAUGCAGCGAAAUAAGUGAGAACCAUACUUACCGUGAUUUUGCGCUUUCGUGCAAUAUCCCUUAUAGUGUAAAUUUUGAUGAUAAAUUUCCUGCCCACAAGUUAAUUUUAAGCCUUUGGGCAAUUUCCUGUUGUUCAUAGGGGGUACAUGACCCUCUUGAAGCACCUACUCAUUUAUUGCCCAGCUUAUAAACAGCUUUGGGUUAUUUCAAAGCUAUGAAGAAUUAUUUUCCUUUGGUGAAGUGAAUAUUGCAGAAUAUUGCUCAACAGAUAGUUGAGGGGAAUAUUUGACAACAGCCGCUAUCCUUGGUGGUGUGAAAAUUGUUAUAUUUCAAUUAUUUAAUUUAAAGAGCAACCAAAGUUAAGUUUCACCCAAAAAGUAAAGGAGAGGUAGCUAUUCAGAAAAUUGUUGCCUCAACCUUUAAUUCUCCCUACAUUUGAGGUAACUAGAGUGGCAUGUUAUUCUUGUAUUGAGUUUGCAUUGUCCACCAUAUGACCUUGAGACUAGGCCAGAUUUCAAUGCUUAUUAAUCCUUAAACUCCUAAGGUCAGAUUGUUGAUUCUCCCUCCAAGCUGCUACACAAAUAAGUCGCAAGAAUUUUAGAUCAAGAUAAUACCUUCAACUUGAUAAGGUUGGGUGGUCUUGUUACCUGUUUGGUGGAGAAUGCAUGGAUAAUAUAGGAAGAAGUUACAAGUGAAUCAGUUUUGAAAGUUAAAGGGUUAAAAAGCAAGGAUGUUUUGACUGCUCAACUGUCAUUUUCUAGUUGAAGGAUAAAAUUUUUAUUAUGCACUUAUGUAAUCAAUUGUAAAAAUGCUAAAACUCUAUUGAGUUUUAGUCAGUAAAAAUGUUAGUGAAAAUGACCACUGAGCAGUUGAAAUGUUGUUUUUUAAUGUUAAUUUUCAUCCAUGUUCUGUGCCUAUGCGCGAGACACAGGUAUUAUUGAAGAUCAACCAAAAGAAUCAAGGAAAUGAAAAUUUAUUCACACUAUAUCUGAUCUGGUGGCACACACACACACACACACAUAUAUGUAUUUAGUCAACUGAAAUUACAAAAAUUAUGAGAAAAAAGUUACAAUAGCGUUAAAGGGUUAAAAAGCAAGUACGUUUUGACUGCUCAACUGUCAUUUUCUAGUUGAAGGAUAAAAUUUUUAUCAUGUGCUUAUGUAACCAAUUGUAAAAAUGCUAAAACUCUAUUGAGUUUUAGUCAGUAAAGAUGUGAGUGAAAAUGACCAUCAAGCGGUUGAAACGUUAUUUUUUAAUGUUAAUUUUCAUCCAUGUUCUGUACCUAUGCGCGAGACACAGAAUUGAAGAUCAACCACGAGAAUCUUGGAAAUGAGAAUUUAUUCGCACUAUAUCUGAUCUGGUGGUACACACACAUAUAUAUGUAAUCAACUGAAAUUACAAAAAUUAUAAGAAAAAAGUUACAAUAGCGUACAUUUGUUAGCGUGAGGGAAAAACAACAAUACUUACAAUUUUGUAUCUAUCAGUCCUUCAGUUCCUGGCUAAUUGCAGUUCAAACUUCACUUCUUCAAACAAUUGUAGUUCUGAUCUCUCCCUCUGCUCAUUGCAAUAUUUUUUGGUUUCCUUUUGAUAUAACAUAUACAUGAUGGAGGCACAUAUUUUCACAAAACUAUGCAAAUAUUUUGCGCGAAAUGCCGAUCGCAUCCUACGGUAUUCACCAAUACAGUGUUUCGAGAAUGCAGAUUAAUUAAUUUAAAAAUUAUUCUGUUAAUGUAUCCUCAAAGGGAUAAGCCUAGUAGUCGUAACCCGAUUACAAGAAACUAUGUAAAUAGUAUGUGUGAAAUGUAAAUCAGUCCGUUUCUAAUAAUUUUUCAUCAGAGUCAGUAGACACAGUACCUUACUGUCCAUGAAAGUGAGAAAUGAAAAUCAAAUUUUGCAACUUUUUACAAACCAGCUCAGUACUGGAUCAUUAAAAUAUUUGUACAGACUAGAAAAUCCUGUAUUUGAGCAACUGAAUUUUGUGAUUUAGAAGUGGAUGUAACAAAGUGGUAACUGGACUUUGUGUUGUGCAAUUUUAGUCAGAAAUCAUACGUAUGAUUUCAAAUUAAACUUAAGCUGUGCGCUCAUUGAAUUUUGAAAUAACUUAUUUGUUUCAGACCAACUUGCACCCCACUCAGUUCAAUUACUAUUAUUAAUCACUGGAAAGUGGAUGAAGAAAUGACUCUAAAUACAUGAACAAUCAAAGUGAUUUUGUCACCAAAGAAGUUGUAAAUUCUUUUAAAAAUUCUAACAAACCAAAGGUUCUUUUCCAAGUUAAAUGUUGAAUCACUAAAUAUGAGUUUGAAUACAGAUAUGUUGCAAAAAUUUUCACUUCAUAAGGUAUUGGAAGACAUAAUCUGUACUUUUAAAACUGUUGUGUUAUGGGGUAGGGAUGUUUAUCAUUCAACACAAAUAAUUUUUAAUCAUUAAUCCUUUCAAGUUACUGAUAUUCUUGUUAAUUUUUUGGCAGAAUCUUAUGCUAGUAGCAAUUGCACUGAACAUUGGUUGACAGUUUGUGAGAAUCAGUUCAAUGAGAACAACUUGAAGAUAUGCCAGGAAAUUUUGGAAUUACGGUCUUGUCUCAAAGCUUGUGCUAAUAACAUUUGGCCAAGCCAUGCCAGGAUAAGAGUCCAGUAUGAAUCACUUAUGAACAAAGUAAAUUCUUUUCCUGACUGUUUACCACCAAGUAAAGGUAUGCCUUUUUUAACUGCAUUGGUGCAGCUUUUGAUCAAGUGUUAUAUGAAAUAGUAAUAGUUGAGAGAAUGAGACGAAGACCCCUUUUUUUUUACCUUGUAAGCAAGUAAUUAAAGCAAGAUGGACCCACGCUUACAUGUACUCUAACAGUGCUAUUGCUGAAACAAAAUAGGGGCAAUAAUUAGUGUAGGGGUGCUUACUGGAAUGAAGGUGCUUACUCAAUGGGGGCGUUUACCAACAAAUAUUAUUUGAGGGAGGUGCUUAUUGGAAAGAGGGUGCUAAAUUGAAUCAUUACUGUACAUAGAUGUAGACCCCUUCAACUUAUAACACUUGCACAAAGGGGCAUCAAUUUAAACUGUUUUCUGGAAUAGUAUGCUUCUAAUGACUCUCCUUCUCUUUGCAGUUCAUAGAAAAGUAUGUAGCGAGGAUCUUGUCAAUAGAUGCUACCAAAAAUUUAAUCGGAACUCUUCAUCAAUUUGCCGAGAGGUGAAAAAUCUGCGGAUGUGCAUUAGUGAACUGGCUGGUUGUCACGUUACAAAAGAUCCUAAAUUUGUUUUAUCCAUGGACAUACUUGAAAAACACAGGAAAUGCUUCUUUGUCAAUUAUUCCCGGAUAUUGGAGGUCCUCAAGAAAAAAGGUGGGCACAAAAUUGUGUACAAAACUAUCCUUUUUAAAUCAAAUAUUUCCAGCAGGUUUGUAUGUUAUCAGAGACACAUAGUAAUCUUUUUUUUCUAAACCUUUCUUUUCUUAAUUUCUUGUUACUGGUUAUGGAGCUAUCAUUUUUUUCUUUAGAAAUUAUUUAAGUGUUCUACAGGUACAUGUAGUUCAUCCAAACUUGUUUUUGGAAGCAGAUAAUCUUUUGGUUUUUCUGUUCAUCUUAUUUGCAUUUCCUGUGUUUGGAAAAUUUGAAAUGUGCAAAAGCACUUUAAGCACUGAGGGUUCUAUGGAGGCCCUUGAAUGAGUCUUGUCCAGCUUAAACCUCUGCUGGAGCAAGUACAAGGUCACAGCCUUAUUAGGGUUUAAUAAGUAAAACUUUCAUUUGGGCCAAAUGGCCUACAAUUCACUGGGGCUUAUCCUGGUCUCUGUUACAUGAAGCCUCAUGGAGUAAUUCUUUUCCACUAAAUGAGAUGCCCGUUCAUGGUAGGUUACCCCCCUCCCCAGCCCCAGCCCCAGCCCCAGCAUUUUGUCAGGCUUCUCUGACAGGUCUUUGGUACCCAUCUACACACCUGGGCACGGGGGUAAAUAAGGGCAUGCGAGAGUCAAGGUUUCAGUCCAUGACCUGGAUGUUUUAACCCUGGGAGUCCAUCAUACCAACUAUCAGACAAUUGCAUCUCCAUGACCUUAAAGUGUUGCCUCACAAAAUUUUAUGGUCAAGUUAAAGUUGUUGUUUAUUGUAAGGAUGCCCACCAGUUUGCAAGAGUAGGUAGACACAGGAGGGGAUACACCAACAAGGAAGAUGUAAAGGGAUUUGAACCACAAACAGUUGAAAAAUAAGAAUUACUGAUAUGCAAAAAAUUUUUUAAUUUUAUUUUGCUUCAGAUCAUUCUCAAAAGCCAGUUAGUACUCCCCAAGCUGUUAAAACUCCUAAAACAGGUCUGUUUACAAGAUUGUUUUAAUUUAAUUAGUUACGUUUAGCUAUUGUGAAACUUUUAAGUUUUUUUCCAAUUUUGAAUCUACAGAUGUUUUAUGGGUUAGAUGUUUUCAAGGUGGUGUGAAAGUUUAGAAAAUAAUUAGAUUAUACUUAAUGGGAAUAUUUACUUUGAAGAAGAGUUGUUGCAAAGUCUGGUCUGCUUUUAAAUCAUUAGAAUUACCAUUGAAUUAAACAUUUUCUUAUUGAUUAUCGGCCUUAACAUUUAAAAAUGAUUCAAUUAUUAUUCAUUACAUUUGCUUGUCAAUCUCUUUCCAUGGCUAGAUGAAACUUAAGUAAAGUACUUUCCUUGUUCCAGAAAAUUAGAAAUUUAUGCUCUACAUUUAGUUGACAUAUAUGUAUUGUUUAUUUAUCUUACGUGUGUUUUAAUUUUUUUUUUCACAACAUGGCCUCUUAGGAAAAUCUGUUCCAGUUGUGAAGAUGAAUGUGACAAUGAAACCUUCAGAGAGUAAAUCAGAACCACGAAGUGAACAUCUUCCAUAUACUUUUGUUGUUGUUGCAACUGUGUGUACAUGCAUGUUUCUUGUGGUACUUGUUGUCUUCAGCAUUGUACGGCAUACAACACUCUCAAAACGUCAAAGGAACUCAAUAGUGACAAGAGCUCCAACAAGAAUACAUAUCAGAACACAAAAUCGCAGAUACAGAACGAGAAGGCACCACCAUCAUCGCAAUCAUAGAGGACAUGUUGUUAUCCAGGGUGCACGGCAGACUGUCUCUGGAUUCUUUGAGGGCAAUGUUGCCCCUCCACCAUACAGCGCAGUUCUUGAUGAUAAUGAAAGUGUCAGAGCUGGUGACCCACCCCCUCCAUAUCGACCACCCUUUUGUAUGGCACUAGGUGUUAUUGUUUAGCGUUCAUUGAAACACAUUUGACUUGUCAUUCCAUGAUAAUGGCUUGGCCUAUUACCAUUGGUAGGGUCACUUGAAUUAUGCUAAAAAAAUUUGAACAUAAUGCUUUUCAGCAUCACCAUGGAAACACAGCAUUAUCAAGAAAAUUUUCAAGAAGUUUAGCCAUUAUGCCAGUAUUAUGCAUGAUGCUCUGACUAAAGCAUUAUGCAUAUAAUUAUGCUAGCAUGAUUUAUCUGACCCAAGCCACAGUGACCCUCACAUUGGAG